AGACGAACAAGAGAAUUCAAGACCUCAAGGUGCAACGAACUCAAAGCUCGAACACAGAGAAACAGUGGACAGUGGCACUCUCCGACAUACCCGACUAGCCAAGAAUCGAAGCCAUUGCUGAGUUUAGACUACGUACCGACGGAUUGCCUGGCAAAACACCUUCAAAGAUUGGGAGUAUACAGUCAAGGUGCAACGAACUUAAAGCUCGAACAAAGGAGACGUGGACGUGGACAGUGUGCAGCUCAAAGCUCGACAAAGGAGAAACAGUGGACAGUGGCAAUCUCCGACAUACGACUGGCCAAGAAUCGAAGCCGAGGAAAUGGAGAAGACCCACCUGAUGUGAAACCUACAGGAGGAAAUGGAGAAGACCCAUCUGAUUCUCUACAGGAGAAAAUGGAGAAGACCCACCUGAUUCGGUGUUCAUCAAGAGGAAAUGGAGAAGACCCACCUGAUUCGGUGUCCCACUCUAAAGACAAGGACGGAAAGCCAGAGAUACUGGGAAGCAACUAA